AUGAGUGCAUCUUUGAAUUACAAGUCUUUUUCCAAAGAGCAGCAGACCAUGGAUAACUUGGAGAAGCAACUCAUCUGUCCCAUCUGCUUAGAGAUGUUCACGAAACCCGUGGUCAUUCUCCCCUGUCAGCACAACCUGUGUAGGAAAUGUGCCAGUGAUAUUUUCCAGGCCUCUAACCCAUACUUGCCUACAAGAGGAGGCACCACUGUGGCAUCAGGGGGCCGAUUCCGCUGCCCAUCCUGUAGACACGAAGUGGUUUUGGACAGACAUGGGAUAUACGGACUCCAGAGGAACCUGCUAGUGGAAAAUAUCAUUGACAUCUACAAGCAGGAGUCCAUCAGACCAGAAAAGAAGUCGGACCAGCCCAUGUGUGAGGAACACGAAGAGGAGCGCAUCAACAUCUACUGUCUGAACUGUGAAGUGCCCACCUGCUCUCUGUGCAAGGUCUUUGGGGCACACAAGGAUUGCCAGGUGGCUCCCCUUACUCACGUGUUCCAGAGGCAGAAGUCCGAGCUCAGUGAUGGCAUUGCUGUCCUUGUGGGAAGCAAUGACCGAGUCCAGGGAGUGAUCAGCCAGUUGGAGGACACCUGUAAAACUAUCGAGGAAUGCUGCAGAAAACAGAAACAGGAACUUUGUGAGAAGUUUGAUUACCUGUAUGGCAUCCUGGAGGAGAGGAAGAAUGAAAUGUCCCAAGUCAUUACCCGAACCCAAGAGGAGAAACUGGAACACGUCCGUGCUCUGAUCAAAAAGUAUUCUGAUCAUUUGGAGAAUGUAUCAAAAUUGGUUGAGUCGGGAAUCCAGUUCAUGGAUGAGCCAGAAAUGGCAGUGUUUUUGCAGAAUGCCAAAACUCUGUUACAAAAAAUUUCUGAAGCAUCAAAGGCAUUUCAGAUGGAGAAAAUAGAACAUGGUUAUGAGAACAUGAACCACUUCACAGUCAACCUCAAUAGAGAAGAAAAAAUAAUACGUGAAAUUGAUUUUUACAGAGAAGACGAAGAAGAAGAGGAAGAAGAAGGAGAAGAAGGAGAGGGAGAAGGAGAAGGAGAACGAGAAGGAGAAGGAGAUAGAGAAGGAGAAGAGGUAGUGGAAGUGGAAAAGGUAGACAGUUUUCGAACAGAGUCAUCAGGAGCAGAUGAAAGUCCAGAGAAAGCCUCGGAGCCCUCUCAGCUGGCCUCAGAGCUCCGGCCUCCCUCAGAGCCACUUCCAGUUUCCUCUCCAGAGCCACCUGCAGCCCUGCCACCUGCUGCCGAUGCCCCGGGGACACAGGGGGAGGUUGUGCCCACUGGCUCUUCGCAGACCACAGAGUCUGAAACUCCAGUCCCUGCAGCAACGGACACUGCGGAUCCCUUGCUUUACCCUAGUUGGUAUAAAGGCCAAACUCGGAAAGCCACCACCAACCCACCUUCCACCCCAGGGAGCGAAGGUCUGGGGCACUUAGGUCCUCCUGGUUCUGAGGAUUCGAAUGUGCAGAAAGCAGAAGUGGCAGAAGCCGCAGCCAGUGAGAGGGCAGCAGUGAGUGGUAAGGAAACUAGUUCACCUGCAGCUACUUCUCAGAUUGGAUCUGAGAACCCUCCCCUCCAGGGACAGGCUGCAGCUUCAGGCAGUGGGAAUGGAGCUGAUUCUGAGCCAGCUCGCCAUGUCUUCUCCUUUUCCUGGUUGAACUCCCUGAAUGAAUGAUGUUCAUUCCAACUGCCGCCCCUCUGUCUGCCUGGCUGAGAUACCACAGGCAGCAGGGAACCCAGAUGAAAUUAACAUGAUGCAGAUGAUGAAAGGGACCUCUGAACAGGAUUUCUGCAAAAAACACCCUUGAAUUCCAGAUGACUUAUCUAACACAUUGAGGGAAAACAAUACUUUGAGAAAAUAGUUGCAGAAGAUAUUCAAAAAAAGAAACUUGAUCUUAUGCAAAUCUUUUAUUGUGUGGGAAACAUUAUGAAGGGUGUGUAGGUGUGGGGUGUGUGUGUGUGCGUCAGUAACAAGUGGCAAGUGUUGAAAACAGUGGGCACUACAUUCUCGUCUCUCAUAGGCACUGCUUUUGUUGUUAUAUCAUAGUCGCUCUUAUCCUCUUUCCCUUCAACCAUGCAGGUGGUCAGUGAGGUUCAGCGCCAGUUCAGAGUGACUGAUUCAUCAAUGUAUGGACAAAAGGUACAGCAGUGACCAAAAGUGUGAAAUGUUUCACACAAGUCACCUCUUUUCCAUAAUAGAUGUCACUGAAUGUAUAUCCAGAAAUGUUCUUUGACUCUGGUGACACUUUCACAGUCCAGAAGGCUGAAGACCUAGAACAUUUCUUGUGACAUUUUUCUAAUCUUAGUUUUAGAUGUGCAGAUAUCAGUCACUUUAACUGAAAAAGACCUUCCACUAGGAACUGUCUACUUUCUCAUGUAUCCACUGUGGCACCAAUCAAUGCACAACUCAGAGCAACUGCAUGUAUUUAAAUAUCUAUACACACGUAAUUCACAUUUUAUAUAUAUGUAUAUAUUUCAAUCAUGCUUUAUUCCUCCCACCAUAAUGCCUCCUUCAGAACAUAAGUAUAACUUUACUCUGUAUGAA